AUGUUCAUGGACACCCUGGAGAGUGGCGGAAGCGGCGGCGGCGGCGGCCGGGGGGGGAGGGGUAGUGGUAGCAGCGGCGGUGUCAGGGGAGGCAAGAAGUCUUCGAAGCCUAGGCAGAGAGCAGCUGGAGCGCCUCGGGCAGGCAGAGGCGGCGGGGGUAGUGGUAGCAACGGCGGUGUCAGGGGAGGCAAGAUGCCUUCGAAGCCUGGACGGAGAGCGGCCGGAGCAGCUCAAGCAGGCAGAGGGGGGGGGGCACGGUCCGGCAAGACGCCGCUAGCCGGCAUGCGAAAGCGAAACCCAGGGCGGACGAGGAGGGUCAAGGCGGCGCCCGCGCGGGAGCAGAGGUUGCGAGGGAAAGCAGCGAAAGAACAGAAGAAAGGGAGAGCGGAGAAGGAGGGUUUGGGGGUGGAGAAGGGCGAUGGGAGUGAUGAGGAGGUCGAUUCUGACCUAGAGCGUGAGUUUGCUUGCAUGCUUGAAGAAGAGGAAGGAAGGGACCGCCAGGAUGACGAGCCGCAAGGUGGGGCGGGGAGCGGGGUCGGGAAAUCACCAUCGCGGGGUGGAAGCGAUGACCGCGGCUAUACUAGUAGUUCCUCCUCGGGAGAGGAAUCUGGUGAUGCUCAAGGAGCCAUCAAGGAGUUCCGAGAUUUUCUGACGGGGAUGGAGGGGGGGGGGCACGGGCCCAACCAACGGGAGGAAGCGCAGGAGAGGAAGUCCGUCGAAACCUCUUCUGAUAGCGCGGACGGUGGUGCCGGGAAUGCCUCGGGGGUUGAAUCACAGGAUGCUGAUGAUGACGAAGAGGCUACCAUGGAGUCCCGAGAAAUUUCGAAGGUGGUGGGCCGGUCGCCAGGGGGGCGAAGGGGCGCAAAGGAGCCGGGGCCAGGCGCAACCUCUUCUGGCAGCUCAGACGGUGAAGAUGGCGGCGGCGGUGGUGGUGGUGGAAGUGGUGAUGGCGUCGCCUUCAGGAAAGAGCCUGAUGAUGGUGAUGGUGAUGAUGAGAAGGCAGUUAGGGAGUUCCAGGAAUUUUUGGACGGGAUGGAGGGGGCGCCAGCAGGGGCAGAGGGACGGAGGGUCUCAAAGGAGCGGGAGUCCGGCGACACGUCUUCAGAUAGCUCAGGCGGUGAAGAUGGCGGCGAUGGUAUCGGUAGUGCGUCGGGGGAAGCGUCCGAUGACGGCGAAAGGGCCAUCAACGAAUUCCGGGACUUUUUGACGGAGAUGGAGAGAGCACAAGGGGCUGGAGGACGAGGGGGGGCAACGGAACAAAAGUCAGGCGAAACGUCUUCAGACAGCUCAGACGGUGAAGAUGGCGGCGGCGGCGGUGGUAACGGCGGUAUCGCCUCCAAGAAAAACUCUGAUGAUGAAGAUGAAAACGCGGAAACAAGACGUUUUGGUGAGGUGGAGGCAAUACCAGGGGCAGAGGGGCGAGGGAACGCUAAAGUGGGGGAGUUGGGCGCAACCUCUUCGGAUAGCUCGGACGGUGAAGGUGGCAGGGGCCCUGUCAAUGGUGGUAACGCCUCCAGGAAAGCCUCUGGUGAUGAUGAAAAGGCGGAACCAGGACGUUUUGGGGGGGUAGAGGCAGUGCCAGGGGCACAUGGGCGAGGAAACGCUGAAGAUCGGGAGUUGGGCGGAAGCUCGUCGGAUAGCUCAGACGGUGAAGAUGACAGCGGCGUUCUUAGCGGCGGUGGCGCCUUCAGGAAAGCGUCUAAUGAUGAUGAUGAGAAUGCCGUUAAGGAGUUCCAGGUCAUUUCGGAGGGGAUGGAGGGCGCACCAGGGGCAGAGGGGCGAAGAGACGCUACAGAGCGGAAGUCCGGCGAACCGUCUUCCUGUAGAGCAGGCGGAGGUGGUAGCGCCGAUGGUGGUGGGGGUGGCGGCGGCUCGGGAGAAGAAUCGAAUGGUGAUGAACAGGCCGCCAAGGAGUUCCGGGGCGUUUUGGAGGGGGUAGAGGGGGGGCAAGGAGCAGCGGGAAGAGAGGAAACCGAAGAAAAGGAGCUUGGCGAAACCUCUUCAGACAGCGAACACAGUGGCGACGGCGGUGAUACCUCGGGGGUAGAGUCUAGUGAUGAAAAGGAGGCUGUGAAAGGUUUGCAAGGAACGGGGACGGGGGUGGGCAGGAGACAAGCACGAGAGGAAACCAAAGAGCGGGAGUCCCGUGGAUCUACGUCAUCACAGGAUGCAGAGGGUGGGGCUGGUAAUAGUGCCCCGUUGGGGGAGUCGGGUGAUGGACAUGGCGUCGAGGAUUUGGAGGAUUGUUUGAAUGGGAGUGGGACGGAUGGCGAGGAGGAGGGGGGGGGAGACAAGGAGGAGGAGGAGGAGGAGGAGGAGGAGGAGGAGGAGGAGGAGGAAGGGAAGGGAGAGGAGGAAGAGGAGCGAGAGGGAGGGCAGGACGAGGAGGAGGAGGAGGAGGAGGAGGAGAGUGCUAGCCGGUCGGAUUCUACCUCUAGUAGUUCCUCGGGGGAGGAGUCAGGGGACGAGGUGGUACAGGAGUUUGAGGACUUCAUGGCGCAGUUUUGA